GCUUCUGUCUUGGUAACAACAGUAGAAGUGUGGGAGGUAAUGAGGUAACCCGCAACUCUUACUACUUCAUUCUCCUGAUCUUCUCUCCCACAAUAACACCACCUUAACCCUGCUAUGAUGGCUGUCCUUGUGCUUCUGCUCUUUGGAUGCAUCACUCUAAUUCAGGGCCAGGGAAUUCCUACCUACGACACUCAUUUACCCAUUCCACUUCCAACACAGUCUACCUCCACUGUUACUGAACAGACUACUGUAACCCAUACAUUAAGGGAGACAACCACGUCUGACGUGUGGGUGACUGAUCAAACAGUUGUCACGUUGACUGUCACACGAGCAUCUACUAAGUGGGACUUCUUGCCUCGAGAGCCACGGAUAGUAACAUCCGUGAUAAGGAUAACUUCCACACCGGUAAUAGUUGUAACUGCUACAUCGGUAACUAACCCAGUGAGCACAAUGGUGUCAGUCUUCAGUCAGUUCGUCACGGUUACCGACACUGUGAAAUACUUGCAAACAAUAACUCACGUUGCACUCUCGCACGAGAUUCAAACUGUUCCUGUGGUCACUACACAAGAACUCCUGCAAGAGAUAAUAACUACUAUUACCCAAAUUGUAACUACCACGGUUACUUCGACUACUGCUCGCCUCUAUAAUUAAAUUUUACCUGAAGGAUUGGACAAGUGAACUUGGUUGUUAAUUAAAAAUGUUAAAUUAAA